AUGUCUCCGUCCUCCAUCCAAACGACGGCAACAAAUACACCGAAGACGACAUCUACCUUACGGACCCAAGAAAGCUCUACACAGUCCGCUUUCGCCGAUACCGUCUCAUCGAUACCAUCUGCCACAUCAUCGGCAACAUCUACAUCGGCCCCAGUCACUGUGGCAGCAGGAGCUCCUCCUAGAAUGACACCCGCACAGAUUGCCGGACUAUCAGUGGCCGCAGUGGCAGCUUUCGUCAUGGCCAUUGGACUCAUGGCGCUAAGCGUGUGCUUGCGCAGACGAAAAGAGCGACGGGUGGUUUUCGAUACAGACGAAAAGGGCAAGCAGCUUUCCACACGCUUCUCGCACUAUGUCCCAGUAGAGAACGUUCUUGAGUCACCAAAGCAAUUUCCUCUGGUGCCCCCACGAGCUCUUCGCAGAGGCAGCAAGCAGCAUCCAGCGCGUCCAGCCCAGCGUCUGGGCGUAGGGACUUCCAACAGUUCUUCGAACUCCUCAUUGCCGCUCGACCAGAUAGGUCUAGCCAUCAGCGCCGAGCUGGAUGGAAAACCAUUGAUACCUAACAACGCCUCAAAAGCCCCAUUUGCACAUCAACGAGCGCCUACCACGACUCAGGCACCCCUUAGGCCCGUGAGUACGAUAACUCAGGAGACAGUCUUCGAAGAGGACGAGACUUCAUCGCACCGAAGAUCUUCGAUGCUAUUGCCCACGCCCCCAGUCCCAAUUCCCCCUAUUCGUGCUCUACAGCCCUCCAGGCCUAUGCCAAACUUUACCGCCAACAAUCGUCCAACCGGCCGCCGAUCCGAGCUGUUUAUCGAUAUUCCUGUCCGCCAUGAGAGACCUCAGCCAAAGCGCAUUGUGGCGGGAGGGGUAGCCUCACAUGGCUCACCACAGCCACCUCGUCCCGAGCACGCAAUACGCCCACGCCUGGCGCCGCCCUUCCAGAUGGCCUCUACGGCCACCUCUUAUGAAUCCAAGGCUACGACUGCUAGCUCACGAGAUGCGAGCACGUCUGGGGAUAUCAUCGACUACUACUUUUCCAGUCAUAAGAGCCGAGAGCCAACACCCAAAGCCAGCCCAGCGCGUGUCAUCCGACCAACAGAAUCACCAAAAACUGUGCAGGUCAAGCCCAAGAAGUCACACAGCAGCACACUGUCACGCUCUACCUCGCGUAAUUCCACAAACUUGCGCGACUCUCUGGCAAGUCAAACAUCUUUCGAGACAACGAACGGCAAUGAGUCGACACCUGAAGACGAGGACGAGGACAAGCAGCUAUCUGAUGAGAGCGCUAGCAAUAAACAACAGCUAUCUCCUGUAGCUGAGUCACCAAUCUCCAAGCUUCGAUACCCAAAGGUGCCGCGGGCGUCGAAUCAGCUUGUGCCGCGUAGUCCAAAGAGCUCACCACAGCAGCAGAACUUCAGAAGUCCACGCAGAGGUCCAGAUCCAUCGAUGCUUCUUCAGAAACGCAACAAUGCUCUCCCUCCGCUCUUACUAGAGUCUCGACCUAGAUUGAACAGUCCUCAUCGAGACCCCUUCACAUCCCCGCCGCGCGUCACUAGUCCCCCACGCAAAGUUCAUUGUCAUGUGCGCAGCAAUAGCACUGAGUCGUGGAGUACGACACCUGCGUCGAAAACGGGUAUCGAUCGGAAGAGUCGUGUGCAAAGCGGCACAUGGGGUAGAAGCCCAGUCAUGUAUGAAGAAGAUUUUGUAAAGCCGUUGAAUGUGAGAAGGAAGAGAGACGAGAUGUCUGAGUUGAACAUCGGCAGAGAUGUGGAUAUGGACUUUGACCGGGAUGGGUUGAAGAGUCCGGUGUGGGUGCCUCGACUAACGCCGAGAAAGAAGGGCGAGGAUUUAUUUCUGGAGGUAGGGUGGGGUGAUGGGGUGCGAAGAUGA